AGUGUUCAGACAGUGAAUCACAAACAGUCAGUGUCGAAGCAAAGAGAGAGAGAUGGCGUCGUGGUGUGCUGCAAGGACUCUUCACAUUCCGGCGGUGAACGUCGGCGUUCUUCGCCGCCGGGCAUCGUGGGCCGCCGGAAUAGGCGGAGCAGUGGUAGCCGGAAAUGCACUUUUGCGUUCGACUUCGUCUAAGCGCUCAGUGCCAUUCGCUUGCAUGAGCCUCUCCACCGAUACCCCGAUCAAGGAAGCUGUUCAAACUGAAAAGGCCCCAGCAGCAUUGGGGCCAUAUUCUCAAGCAAUCAAAGCCAACAACCUUCUUUUUGUGUCAGGUGUUCUUGGCCUUGUUCCUGAGACAGGGAAGUUCAUCUCUGAUAAUGUUGAAGAUCAGACAGAGCAGGUUCUAAAAAAUAUGGGGGAGAUCCUGAAGUCUGGGGGUGCCAGCUACUCAUCAGUUGUUAAGACAACAAUUUUGUUGGCUGACUUGAAGGACUUCACGAAAGUUAAUGAGAUCUAUGCUAAAUACUUCCCUUUACCUGCCCCCGCUCGUGCAACAUAUCAAGUAGCUGCCUUGCCAUUAGAUGCAAAGAUUGAAAUUGAGUGCAUAGCAGCACUAUGAGCACCACCUUAAAUAGCUUAUAUGACUUUUCAACAAAUUCAGGUAAAUAAUCCAAGAGAGGCAUAACCAAGCAUUGGAAUUUUACUUUGGUUUAUUUCCUAUUGGAUGAUGAUGCUCAUGUCAUUACAAUCAGUUUGCUGAACCCACUAGAAAGACCAAUUCUCAUAUUUUCUCUGAAGAUUUCGUUUCCAUUAAAACUGAAAGAAAUUAAGAGAAAGGUCUGCAGCUUUUUGUAAUGCCAUGUCACUUUAUCAUGGACCUUGUUUGGAUGUCAACUCUCAUCAUUUCCAAUAAAAACCAUUUCUUUUGUAUGUUCAAUGUAAAUUCUCUUUUGAUGCAUUGCAUAAAUAGUUCCCUUCCACAAGAAGAGUGAAAAAAAAAGACUAAUAUAAAGUUUGUCUAUAAACUAAUCAAAUCAGGUUUUAUCCAACCUUACUCUGAACUUGUGUCUAAGUAACCAAGUGGAGUAUUGUUAUGCUUCUAAUCAAUGGUGUUGGCAAAGACCACACUCUUCCAACCUCGAGAAUGUUAUAGCUCACAAUUAUACUAGCCUUAUUCUCUCCAUGGAAGUCAUAUACUGUUAUUAUAAUUUGUUUUACCCUUUUUUCUAUUGCAAAUUUCAUUGUUUUCACUCACUUCGUAAGAUAAGUCAUUCAUCGAAACGUGCAAAUUUAUUGUUUUAAUAUUUGUAGUGUUUGUUUUUCGUUGACGUGAUUUUCAUGUAAAUGGAAAAGCAAUAACAACUUAUUUUAUCAGCAAACCUAUGUUAGGCUUUUUUCUUAACGAAAUUUCAAAGACAUUUCCCACAUAUGCUCACACUUGUGGACAUGAAGCAACUGUAGGGAACAAUGUGGCGUUGGAACAUGCCAUCAAGGUGUAUGUUUAAAGUAGCUCAAAUGAAGUUGUGACCAUUUCUAUAAACUUAUAAAAAGAAAUUUGUUUGACCAAAAUUUGUUUCUACACUCAUUCUAUUCAAAUGUUCCCAUAACAAUUUCGUAAUUUCGACAAGCAUAUCAACUGCAAAGCACUUAGAUAAAAAACAAACCAAGGAAGGGCUAUUGCCAUGGAGUCCUUAAAUUUUGCAUGAAAUGUUAUCCCUACUAUUAUCCUACCAUUAUGAAAAGAUCAUUUUAUAAGUCCAGAGCCAUAGCCCAUAAGAGUUGAAAGGGAAAAGGGAAGAGCACAUAUCCCAAGUACCAUAAAAGGGACGAUAAUUUGUAUUAUUUGUGUGUACCAAGCUACAUAUCCAAAGACUACAAACCAUUUGAGAACAUGAAUAUGAAACUACUCAACUUCGACUUGGAAAAAGCAUACAAUAUUGACAUAAACAACUACAAUUAAUGGUCAUGAUAGAAAGAAUGUUACCUAUGUAUGACCGACCAUUUUCGGCAAUCACAUCUCUAUAUAUAUGACAGUAUUCUUUUGCUUGGUGAAGCACCAGGUGAGAAUCCUAAUUUGAGAAAAUAGUCAACAGCAAUAAGGAGAUCAGGGAAUGAAUGAUCCCAACACAAUGGAAUUUUGUGAGUAAUGAUACUCAAUACCAAUCCACUCUCCACCGUCCAACGAAUUGUGCUAAGGAAUUUGUUACUAAUUAUCAGACGCAAAAUUCAACACUAUAUCGUUGAAAUCAUGCCUGCAUCAAUAUUCUUAAAUACCUGACCUUGUAAGUCAAUUCGUUUAUCUACACCGAAUUUAAGUCCUUAUUAUAAACAGGCGUACUGGCUAAGAGUAGAAUGAGAAUUCUUUUCCUUCAGAGAUUGAUUUAACAUUUUGCUUAUAAGAAUCAAAUUAAAAAUUAAGAUCAUAAAUGAAAAACAAAAAUGUUAUUGAUAACUAUUUAUUUUAAUUAAGCGUGUUCUAAACCUUUUCAGAUUAUAUUGUUAGACUAAUAACAGCACAUACACUCGGUUAAAUGAAUUAUAACGGGAAACUUAAAUAAAAUUUUCAUGUAAGAGCCAUAUUGAGCACUUUUUCAUGUUGGGACUAAAUUUAAAAUACAUCACAUGUAAAAGACCAAAAUUUUAAUUUAAUCAAUAGGAGUAAAUUAGCUAUGAGAUCAGCUUCCAUAUUAGCAUCAAAUACAAAAAAGAUAAGCUGUUUCCAUUGUCAAAAUUUGCACCUUGGUUAUAUUGUGUGUUACUUUGACACUAAGCUGUACACUUCCUGACAUGCCAAAAAAUAAGCUAUACACUUAAUAAACACUCAAUUUGUUAGUAAACUUCUUUCCCAUUGGAAUAAGUCAGUUAUCUCUACAUCUAGAGGGGAUAAACAAGCUGACUCUAAUUUCUUUCCACCGAGCACAUUUGAGAUAAUCACUAACAAAGUUAGACAAGAAUGAUACUCCUCCAUCUUCUGUGAAUCAGUGAGCUCCAGUGAAUGAUCCUUCCAUGGCUGAUAAAACGACCUAACAAAAAACAGGUCAAAUAUAUGAUUUGUUUUGAAGCAUAGAUAAAUAACAAAUUAUACAAUCAGACUUUGUUUGUGGUAGCAGUAAAAUAUACAUCGUCUAGUUCAUGUCUGCAUUUUCUGUACAACAUUUAAGUUUAUCUACAGUAAACCCACAACUAAUUGUAUGAUUCGACUUCACCUACAGUAAGUUCACUUAGAUCAAUUGUUGAUAAUCAAAACUCAAAUCCAAUCUUAUUAAUAAAAUUCCAUUUUCUAAAAGUGCUUUGACAUCUUUCCCCCAAGUCUCAAAAAUUAGAUGUGACCCAAGAAUUAUAAAAAUUUAGCUAAUAAACUACAUUUUCCUUAUUUAACAUCAUUACUACAACCUACAUGAACAUAAGGAUAGAUAAGAAAUUUAAAGACUCGAGAAAAAUUACCAUCUCCAAGCUGGAUUAGCUUCAGGAGGACACCGUACCCUUGAACUGUGCGAUGAUAUUAAAGUGUCGUAGCCUUGCAAUAAAUCAGUUCUGCCUAC